AUGGCGAGCAGCAGUUUGGCCCUGUCGUCCCCAGCCGGCGGCUCGACCAACAGCCACAACCGAAAUAAUAAGCGGGCCAAGACCAAGCACUACUACACGGAGAUGCAGGCGUCAUUGUCGCCCGGCAACAAUAGUACAGAUGGUGCCGCUGCCACUCCUGCUGCUGGAAAAUUGGAAGAAUUAAAACAACGAGAAGCCGAACUCUCCAAACUGUUGGCAUCUGUGCGACGGGAAAAACUGUCGGCCAUUCGAGCGCGGCCAUUGACCAUUGGAGUCAUGGGAUUCGGACGCUUUGGACAGUUUAUCGCCAGAACCUUUUCCAAAUACGGACGAAUUGUCGUCACAUCCCGCAGUGAUUAUACCGAUAUUGCCAAUGGAAUGGGAGUCAAGUAUGUACCGCUCAGCAAUCUAGAUGCUUUCUUGGCCGAAGACCUCGAUGUCAUUGUGGUCGCCACAUCCAUUCUCAGCUUCAAAUCCACCAUCCAAUCGUUGGUGCCGCAUUUGGAAAAACAAUUACUUGCCAAGGCUGGAAAGGGUGAUUCUGCGAUCGUCAAGGGGCCUCUCAUUGUCGAUGUGCUCAGUGUCAAGGAACACGCUCGACAAGUCAUGCUCGAUCUACUACCACCCGAAUGCGAUAUCUUGUGCACACAUCCCAUGUUUGGACCGGAUUCUGGAAAAAAGGGAUGGCAUGGACUCAACUUUGUCUACGAAAAAACACGCCUCGAUAAGGUCGUCCUGGAACCGGAAUCCAACAACUAUAAUGUCAACAAUAAUGACAGCGACAAUGAAGAAGCUUUUGUCGACACGGCGGGACAGGUGCAUUCCGUUCACGAAGAUAGUGAAGCUCAUGUCGAGGCCAUUGAUCGAGUCGAACGGUUCUUGUCCAUUUGGGAGGAAGAAGGAUGUCGUAUGGUGCCCAUGAGUGCCAAGGAUCAUGAUGCCUAUGCCGCCAACUCGCAGUUUAUCACACAUCUCAUGGGACGCAUUCUGGGCUCGCAAGGACUGUCUUCCACGCCCAUUGAUACCAAGGGAUUCGAAUCCGUCUUGAAACUGGUGGGAUCCACCACGGCGGAUAGUUUUGAUCUCUUCUAUGGUCUGUACAAAUUCAACCAAAACAGUCUUGACACCAUCUUGCAACUGCGAUCGGCCAUGGAUGAGGUUGUGGAUAAACUCAAAGUCAUGGAAGACGAAGAGCAACAAAAAGGCAAUAGUGUCGAUCCAAACAACAGCAAAGUUGUGCCAAGUUAA